GCAUCAUUUAAAGCUACAACGAGAGCAACCAGCUAAACCUUGAGUGCUUCUUGUGGAUUAACAUCGGCUUCUUGCUACGUUAUUUUUAUUUUAUUACUGUUCCUGUUUCGUUUGCUAAGCCGGUGUGAAAAUGGCAAUGAUGUUUGUACCAUUUCUGGAUCUGUUCAAGAAGACCGUUGUCUCCCAUGUCACCAUGCAGGCACUGCAAGAGUUGGGGAAAGUACUGGAUAAGAAGCAUUUAGUAUCCCAUGAAGAGCGCAAUGCUAUGAUCGAAUACUGGUUCCAUUAUGAUCAGGAAUACCAGUUGCUGAAAAUCCAGCUAGCACUGGAUAAGGCGGUUCAGCAUCUGGAAACACAGUUUGGUGCCGGUAUUGCGCAACUGGAUACGGCAUUAACGUACCGCAAAAUCGACGAAGGUAUUUACCUGGUUUGCCACGCCCUUCAAGCCUAUUUCCAAGCCGACCCGGCGUCACGCGAUCACCAGAAAAACGACUUUCUCCGCGUCUUCGAGCGCCAAGACCCCAAAGAUCUAUUAACGCUUCUGCACAAGCACGUCACAGUCAACGAUGCUGCAGGGCAGUUUCUCCACACACUGAUGAAGAGCUGCAACUAUCAUGCUUAUGAACACUGGUGCGACCACAUCGCCAUCACUGCACUGCGCGCCUACCUCAGCUGCAUGCACCAAUUGAAUAUCAUCCACGAUGACCUGAUGAGUCAAGUCCUAAUGCGUCCGCAGACCGUGCAGAUGAAAGUCAACAUUAUGGUCAACCAAGUGGAGGAGAUCUUGAAAACCUUGCAGGAAUCGAAAGAUGGAUCCAGGGGGCGGAUUUUUCACGGCGCGGAGAACAACCAAUCAGAACUCAUGGAUUUGGUUGACAAGUUCAUGCUGCACUGUGAAGAAGAGCCGAUGAGUCAUAACCAGCACUGUGCAGAGAAGUUAGGAGAAGAAUUAUCGGAAAAGUAUCCGUGGUAUUCCUGGGCGGUGAUCCUGGCGGAGGACAGCUCCAGACGCCCCAAUUUCAUCAUGUACUCGGAUGAUUUCCAGGAUGACCUGUUCAUCCAACGUUCUCUCCACUCGCAGAUCUUCCCGUACAUUGCUUCCAGUGUGGCGAAUCGGCCGCAGCACGAUAUUAUCCUCAACGGGAAGAAAUUCGGGAUGAUGGUCGUGAAGAAGCGGGUGCAUGUCGCCGGGAAGAUGGCCUCGCGGCGUCGCUUGAUUGUGUUGUGGACAAAACCGGAGGACGUGGUGUUUCUUGGUUCGGAUGCUAAGGAACUGCUGCAGGAUGUCGAUGUGAAAGAUCUGUUGCCGGGAUCCAAGGAAGACUGUAUUCGGGAGCAAAAGAAAGCGUGGGAUGUUAAACAGAGCGUAAUGGAGAAUAUUCUGUAUGAGGAUCAGAUGCAGUAUGUUGCUUGUAUCGGGAUCGCCGGGGAGCGGCCGCAGGGGGAACUCGGUGUGUUCGUUAAAGCGAGUGCGGACGGGGUGAGCAGUUGGCCAGAGCGCGUUCAAAAUAAAACCGGACAACUCUUUCUCUGGGCUACAAAAGUGACCUCGAAGGGUCUGGAAUUUCGCGCUCGCCGGUCCUGCAUGUCCCUGUACAGCUUAAUUUCCGGUUUGGUACCCAUGGCCAAUGCCUUGACGGACAGCAGCGUCGGCACGAAGGCGGGUAAUAGGGAUGAUAUCCUCAUAGAACUGGCGGACGAUUCGGCGUCUAAUGCGUCUGCCGGCAUCGCUAGUCCUGCCGACAGGAUCUCUCCGGAUGACCUGGUUUCCGGCGGCACCGUUCGGAGCCGUGUUGAUUUCUUCGAGCGCCGACCGAAUGUGCAAGCCUACCAGUUUUCAAAAGCUCCCAAGUAGCUUUCAGGAUAACCAUAUGCUUGCACUGCGAAAGUUGCUGUAAAUUGCAAAUGGCAAAAGUAUUGCAUUUGAAAUGUAUUAUUGUUCUUCGGAUUUUGUUCUUUAUUUUUCCGAUGGUUUAUGAUGUUUUUGCAUUCCGCGACUUUCUGUCUACAGAAUUAUAUCAUCACAAUAUGUGCUGAAAUCCGUUUGCAAUUAACGCUUUGUGGCUGCGGUCUGCGGAUCACGUACCCGGCCGUACUCUACCCUAGUAUUUAAAUUCGAUUUCACGGAAAUUA